AUGUCUGACUUUAUUAUUGUUGCAAAACAUGAUGCGAUUAUGAAGAAUUCGAUAUCGGGUUUAUCGUCGCUGAAACGUGAAGUACGCUUUACUGUAUUUGAAGUUAUUAGUGUAAACAAAACGAUUGCAACGGUUCAGGAAGCAACAUAUAAACAGUUCUAUGAUAAACAAUCGAUAUUUGUUCAUGUGAACAUUCACGAAAGUAUUUCUCAAUUGGAGGCAAGUUUUAGUGUGUCCAAAUGUAAAAUGCAUUACAUCGAUUGUGUUAAUGUUGUAUCGUAUGAGAUUCAUGAUGUUUGUCAAAAAAUUAAUUAUCUUUUUCAAUUUACUAACACUAAAACAUCAAACACCAAUUUGGUAAAAUGCCCUAUAGUUGGUGAAUACGACUUCAAGAAUAUUACAUUUGAUGCUGAAAAAUUUGGAUCCGUGUUUAGUUUUCCAACAGAAAGAUGGUGGGAAAUUUAUUGGAAAUACAAAAUU